GGAAACAAUUUGUGGAAAAUGCAGAGUUGUCUGCACAUCAAAGGACAAACGAAAUCCUCAAGCAUCUGCAGAACAAUUGAGAAUGGCUGAUUAUGUUUUCUCUCGUACUUUUGAUGUUGGGAACUGUAAAAUAUAUGAUAUGUUUGAAGAUACUAUAGCUGGGCAUGAAGUGGAGCAUUUCUUUAACUGCAGAGAAGAUCAAAAAUUCAUUGGUCGCCUUAAAUUCAAAAUGAAUUUGGAAGACACAACUGGAAAAUCAGGUUUAUCUUCAAAGUUUGAAGCUGGCACUGCUGUGACAGCAGUCAAAAAUGUUCAAUCUGGCAGCAGCACAAAUCCGGAAAAGAGAGAAAAUUUGACUGAUGAGGAUGGGAUGGGAGCUGCAAAUAUUUCUCAUUAUCCAUUGGAAGGAAGGGCUAAGGUAAAAUAUUCUGAUGCUCUUACAUCUACGGGUGUAUUGAAUGUUUGCCCACCAAAAAAAAGAAAGCUUCAACGCACUUCAGAAGUUCCUGAAAUGUUACCUAAUCUUCUGUCAAGAUUAUCGCAUCACAAAGAAAAAUCUCUGGAUGCCCAAAUUUCUUUUAGCGAGAAGAGUAAAUUGUUGAAGGGAGUGAAGUUUGAGAAGGCAAGCAAGAUUCCUCAUAAAGAAAUGGAUCAGUUUGAACAGCAUGAGGGCUUAAAAGCUGGAAUCCAUAUUGUGGAGGUUACAAGAAGGGCCAAUGCGGAUACAAGCAAGUGGUUCAAGCAACAACCUUGGGAGGAACGGCUGCAGAGAGCUCAGGACAAAGGCUCACUUGUCUUGUUAGAAAACCUGGACCCAUCUUAUACAUCAUCAGAAGUGGAGGGUAUAGUCUGGCAUGCUUUCAAGGAAAAGGUCAGCGCCAAGAUGAUACAACGCAGCAGUUUUUCUAGCCCUCAUUCUGGGCAAGCUUUCAUUAUAUUCAGAACAAAAGAUGCUGCAGAAGUCGCUAUUUCCGACUUAACCAAGAAAUGCCUAAUGGUAGGGAAUGAAAGACCAGUUGUCGGCCGCAAAGUGACAUUGAGGGAGCCUGGUAAUCCAUGCAAAUUUGUUGGUCAUAUGGUCAUCGAUAAAAUCAAAUUUCAAAAGCAACGUGAAGAGCAGAGAAAUGCAGUAUCAACGUCACACUUUUCCCAGCCCAAUACUAUUGAGUAUGGGAUGGCUAUGGAGUGGCUUGCAUUACAAGAAAAAUCAAAUCAAUGGUGGGAUGCUCUAAAUGAGCAACAGGCCAAGGAGAUUGGAGAUUGUGGGAGGCAGAUCAAGAACCGUCAUAAUCAGAGUAAAAACUUUUACUUGGGAAACCAGUGUAUGUUGUCGUCAUAGGUGAGGCUCAUAAGUUACUGAUCUGAUUCUUUUAGGUGUUCGUCCAGGCAUUGUUGAUCCUCCAACAUUUUCCUCCCCCAUCCAAGUUUCACAUUUGAGGUGACAUCAACUAGACCUAUUACAGGAAGAGUUAUUGGUUUGUGUUUUGUGAAUGAGAGGUUUGCAGGGGGGCGAUAAUAGAUUGUUUUUGUGGAGAUGUACAAUUGAGAGGCAUAUAAGGGAGGAGUCUACAUUUUGGACAGUAUACUGGGAAGACACCCAUGCAGAAAACCGAAGAGAUGAUUUCAACCUGAGAGAGGAGUUCUUGUUGUGAAUUUGUUCUUUCAUGUCCAUUGUAGAUAUCAUAUCUUUUGUAACUAAGUCGCAACAAUUAAUGAUGUACAUGAAUUGUAAGAUUAAUUGCAAGCUGAUUCUUCAUCAUCUCUACAAAUUCAAUCUUCAUCUUCAAAAAG